AUGCCCCAACACCAGGCUCGAUUGACCGCGCCUCACGUCGGUCUGCAGUUCCUCAAGACGGCCGCGCAGAGUAUCGGCAUGUUCCUGCUGAUCCAGGGCGGCAUGAAGUAUUUCCUCAAGGCCCCCGCCCCCGCGGCACCCCAAGCAGGCCAGCCGCAUCAAGGCGCUACCGUCGGCGGCGGCGGCGGUGCUGCUGUCUCGAUCCCCGCGUGGGAGAACCGUCCUCACCAGCUCAUCGAUGGCGCUGAGUACAGCCGCGUCCCCUGGAACAUCGCGCCCAUGUGGCAGAACGGGCAGGAGCUCGACAUCUCCAUGUACAUCUCGCCCUCGGUCGCCAUGCCCGCGCUCAAGUCCAUGCCCAAGGACUCGCUGCUGAUCGACGAGAAGAGGUUUGUCUACGGCGACUACAAGCAGAACAGGGAGAUCCAUGUCGAAUUCACUGUGCCCACCGAGGUCCAGCACAACGCCUCUCUGCUUGCCCACUUCUACGUGGCCAAGAGUGGCGCGGUGCUUGAUCCCACCCAGCCCGGCUACGACCCUUCCAAGGCCUACCACUUCAUCCGUCCGUUGACGCAAUACCAGGCCAGGAAGAAGAUCGCCAAGACCAGGAACUUGCUCAGCGACAUGCCGGAGAAGGAUGCCGUCGAGACGGAAGAGGAGAAGAAGGCAGGCAAGGUGGUCGGCAACUACUACCACCCCAACUUCACCAUUUCCAUGAUCCCAGACGCCGGUGUCCUCAGCUACCCUCAGAUCCAGCCCGGCCCCAGGAAGUUCGUGCAGCUUGAGGCGACUGGCCAGCGCGAUGCUACUGGCCAGCAUGGAUGGUACUAUCCUAUCCUCUACACCAACACGUUUUGGCAGCUCAAGAAACACAUGAUUGAGCUCAACGAGACGGUCAAGACGCUGCCAUUGAACGUCAACCUCAACAACUUGGCUCACUGGAAGUUCAACCUGUACGCCUCGGUCGACGAGAACCUGCGCUCGCAAGCUGCUGCUGCCGCAGCCGGCCAGUCUACCCCAGGUGGCGGCGACGGAUCCGAGAUGGAGAUGUUCAAGGAAAUCCUGAUCGACAGCAACUCGUACCUACUCGGACUCACAGCCAUCGUUUCCGUCUUCCACAUGAUCUUUGAGAUGCUCGCCUUCAAGAACGACGUCCAGCACUGGCGCAAGAAGAAGGAUAACGUCGGUACCUCGGUCCGCACCAUCGUCGCCAACGUCUUCAUGCAGACUAUCAUCUUCCUGUACCUCCUCGACAACAACGAAAACACCUCUUGGAUGAUCCUCUUCGGCCAGGGCAUGGGCAUUGCCAUCGAAGCCUGGAAGAUCACCAAAACAGCCAACAUCCGCGUCCGCCCCACCGCCCCCGGCUCUCUCCUCCCCUACACCAUCGUCCUCGAAGACAAGCACGUCGCGUCCGAGAUCGAGAAGAAGACAGAAGAGUACGACCAGAUCGCAUUCAAGUACCUGUACAUGGUCGCCGUUCCUCUCCUGAUUGCCUACGCCAUCUACUCCCUCCUCUACGACACCCACAAGAGCUGGUAUUCCUUCAUCAUCACCACGCUCGUCGGCUCCGUCUACGCUUACGGCUUCCUCAUGAUGGUGCCCAGUCUGUACAUCAACUACCGACUCCAGUCCGUCGCGCACAUGCCCGGCCGCGCCAUGACGUACAAGUUCCUCAACACUUUCAUCGACGACUUGUUCGCGUUUACUAUCAAGAUGCCUACGCUGCACCGCCUCGCUACGCUGCGCGAUGAUGUGAUCUUCUUCGUGUACCUGUUCCAGACGUGGAAGUACAAGGUGGACUACAGCCGUGUCAACGAAUUCGGACAGGGUGGAGACGACGAGGAAGUCGAGGAGAAGGAUGCCAACAGGCCGUUGCAGGCGCAUCCGGAUGGUGAUAAGAGCCCCAAGACACCCAAAGCGGUCGAGAAGGCUGAGGGGAAGGCUGAGGAGAAGGAGACGGCUAAGGCGACGGGCGCCCAGAAGCAGAGUGCGAAGAAGAGGAAGUAA